UACCAUUGAUCAUCGUUCUUUCACGUGUUUUAUGUAUAACUAAAAAUGCCACCUGCCCUCUACCUUUCCGGGCCAUGCGAGAUCUGCGAGCAACCGGCUCACGGCAAUCAUUUCGGUGUGCUCAGUUGCCGAGCGUGUGCCGCAUUUUUCCGAAGAGCCGCACUUCAAAAUGCAAAAUAUCAGGAUAGAGUUUGCAGAAAGGGAAAUUGCAUUGGAAAUGAUUUAUAUCGCUGUAAAAUCUGUCGGUUGAAAAAGUGUUGUGAAGUUGGGAUGAACUCGAGCAAAUUUCAAAACGACCGGGACCUCAUUUCGUCUUCCCUCCGUCCAACGAACUACACGAAAACCAGCGCACCUCAAAGUUUGGCAAAUUUUCUCGGCCGGCCCGAAUUCAUUUUGUGCUGUGAGCCGGACAAAGCCAGCUCCACGAAACGUCUGGUGGAUGUGACAAGUCUUGUCGAUAAAGCUUGGGCGAUUUUUCAAGAGGAUGCUGCAUAUUCAUGGAGUCCUAAUCAUUACCCUAACUCACUGGAAAAGCUAACCUUCGAGAUGGAAGAAAUCAAAUUAAAAGAGUCGAGCAAAAAACUGGAGAUUGCGACAACUAUUGGACGAAAUGAGGCGUUGCUAUUUUUGGAGCAAUCAUUUUUGGGAGCUGCUCAAUGGUUUGCCAGGCUUCCAGAAUUUUCGAUGCUAGACCCGCAAAUUAAGAUAGAUAUUCUCAAAACUUCCUGGAUGAUUUGGGCUCGACUGGACAAGCUAGCAGCAACUGCGGAUUUUCAUAGACAAAAAUUGCUGGGAAAUGAUGUAUACAUGUGGACAGACAAUACUUGCAUGAAUCCUGGAAAUGUUAAAAUCGAUAUAAAAUGGAGUUCGAACUAUUCUGUGGAGCAGUUGAGAGGAUUUCUAGUCCCCGAUAUCGAAAAAUACUGGCGACAUGCUCUUUCGGACCUGGUAGAACUGGACCCCACAAACGUUGAGCUCAACUUCAUGCUCAUUCAGUUGUGCCUGAACAGUGCUGGGCAGAAAUAUCAGGGCCACGUGCUAGAAGCCACUGAGAAAAUACUGCAAAUUCAAUCGGAUAAUAUGCACGAGUAUUAUACCAAGAAGCUGAAGCUAGUCAACUAUUCUGGAAGACUUGCGAGGCUGAUGAAGAUCAAUAGAGCUAUUGAAGCAGACGUGAGGGAUCGGAAAGAGAAGAAUCAUAUUGCUAAAGUGUUCGAUUUGUUUUUUGUUGAGUACUCCCAUCCGGAAAUGUUUGAAUUUUCUUGAUACGGUUUUUUCAAUAAAGUUUUCAAUAAUUUAAAGGA